UGGCGCCGCUGGAUGCCGAGGCGGGGAAUGCCGUGGAUCAGCAGCCGCCGGCAACGAAUUUCGGCAUCCUAAGCGGCAGCGAUCGCAGGCGAUCCAGCAUUUUGGAGACGCUGACCAAGACAUUCUCGUCAUCGGCGUGGCAGCACAACCUCAAGCACAUCAAUGUCAAGGCAAGUGUGCUCGAGACGUAUCACGAUUCGUUUCUCUUUGGGAGCGUGCCUCGCUCGGUGAGGCUGAGGAUCUUUCUCCGGGGCGGUGCUCUUGGCUAUAUUUUAUAUCUGACGGAGUUCAUUCUUGCGGUUCUCUCCGGUGUUCUCUAUGUCUACUCGACGUACGUAAAGCAGUGUAGAUUGAACAAACAAUGCACAGCUACGGGACUGCUGGUUCUUGGGUCACACACUUACAAAAUGCCAUCAGUGUUGCUUUCCUUGCCGACUAUGUUUUGAGAAUUUACAGUGAGCCUGCUCGGCUUUUCUACAUUUUCUCCUUGUCGGGUCUAGUGGAUCUUUUGAGCGCUAUUCCCAUUUUCAACGUUUUCAGGUAUCGCAAAGCCGGCGGUGAUGUUUAUAACUUGCUUCAGUUUCUUCGCAUUGUAAGAAUAUCAUCUUGCAUUACGAAGCUAGGAAUGGCUGGAAGCACGUUAACCCAACAGAUUAUUCUAUUAAUCUUCUCCACUGCUGGCGCAGUCGUUCUUGUUGCUGGUAUUAUUCAAUGGCUGGAGUAUCAUGGUGCUUCUGAAAAAACCAAACGGAUGUGUCCCCUAGAAGGGUGCAUGUCUUUCUGGGACGCAUUCUAUUUCGUCAUUGUUACGAUUGCGACUGUUGGAUACGGAGAUGUUGUUCCCGUAACAAUUCAAGGCCAGGCUGCUAUCAUCAUCACAAUUAUGAUUGCCGUAGCCAUUCUUCCCAUACAAGUGAGCAGGAUCAGUACUCUUGCAUACAAUAGACCUUACGGUGGUACUUUCAACUCAAGAAAGGUGCUCGGGUCACGAUUUCUGAUUAUAGGCGGCAGCAUAGAGCUGCGCGUGAUUCAGAUUUUUCUUGCAGAACUUUAUAAUCCUACCCAUGCUGAAGAUCUAGAAAUCUAUCCUAUGCACGUUAUUAUUCUCGCGCCAUUUACUCCAUCAUUCGAGUUGCAGCAGUUGCUGUCCCUUUACAAUAAUCAAGUGGAGUUCUACGAAGGGUGCCCGUCACAGACAUCAGACCUGGAUCGUAUUAGCGCAGACAAGGCGUCAGCUUUUUUCCUUUUGGCGGACAAGGAGACAUUGGAUCCAAGAACAGAAGAUCAUACUCAAAUUUUUAGAGCUUUGGCUGUAAGCCGUUAUUGCAAAGGUCGAGUUCGGAUAGUUGUUGAAGUACUAGACCCUGAUGCUCUGAGAUGUAGCGUUUGGGAUAAUGCUUAUGGGCAGGGGAUUGAGGUUAUUUGCCAGACAAAGCUGCAUAACAAGCUACUAGCUCGCAGUUGUACGAUCAAGGGUCUCUAUACUUUUAUUACAAAUUUGUUUACGUCCGAAAUUCAGCUACAUAAUAUACCUUCGAUGCGUCACAUAGUUGAGUAUAAUCACAGUUUUGACAACGAAGUGUAUCCAUUGAUUUUUCCAAGCGCUUUUCACGGUCUGCUUUUUGAAGAGGUUACGGAAUUUAUAUACUCUUCGUUCAAUAUAACACUCUUUGCGUUAGACACAAGUGGAACGGUUUUGCUGCACCCAAAAGGACAUAGUAUCUCCUCAAAUGACAUUGGUCUUGUGAUGGCAACGAGCCUCAAUACCGUCUACAGCAUAUCUAAGUUCGAAGGGACUUGCUCAAAUCCUCAAAGUCGCGAGCGUAAGCUCUUGGAGUCUGUGAGCUCCCGGUGGAAGAAGCUGGGUUCAGUGGCCUCUUUUAAAAGACAGGAGAUACCUGGUAUAGACUCAUAUUUAGAUGGCAGCCAACCGGUUCCCGUGCCUUCGAGUCCUGUGGGACAUCACAAGCUGAUCGUUAGUCUCAGAGACGCUGUCGAAAAGAAUCACGCUGCAUUGCUCAGCGGCAAUGGCUUCAGCGACUCUACGGAGAUCGACGCAUUGACCAGUAAUUACUUGGAAGGAGAACCAUCUGCAGCAUUGGAAGCGUCCAUGGACUGGACGCUUGCAUGGCCUUCAGCAGACAUUUAUGGUCGACCGCACGCUGUUUUGCUCGAAAGGAACGAGCAGAAAAUUUUGCAAGACCUCCAAAGAAGGAGCAUCGCAAUCGUUAGCUUGAAGAAGGCACACAUACUGGUUUGCUGUCAAGGCAAAUGGCCAGCCAAUCUGUUUUACUUUCUACUCGAGCUCCGAAAGCCAACGUUUCCGAAUCAUCCGGUGGUGAUUCUACAUCCAUCCCAACCGGAUUUCUAUCAGUGGGGAUCAGUCGGCGUUUUCAAAGACGUAUUUUUCGUGAAGGGCUCGCCGAUUCACGAGCUUGAUUUAAUGCGUGCUGGAGUCAUUCAUGCAGACAAAGUCAUUGUUCUUGCGUAUCCUGGAUCUCCGAUUGAUGCCAGUGGGAAAGGUGUUCAGCAAACUGCUGAUACCCGGAAGAAUCCAGGGGCUUACACCAGUGACGUAGACGGCAUUAUAAUUCUGGCCAACAUCGAGCGCUUGCUUCACGGUGACCUCACCAAAGUCGUGAUUGAGAUGCAGCAUGCGAUUGGCUUGCACUACCUGUGGCCGUAUAGCCAGAUCCCAAGUUGCUCUAUACCUGCGGACGCUUACAAACGCAACCCUGACGCUGUUGCUCACUUUGCACCCGCAUACAUGGAAGGACGAGCCGUCUCCCCAAGCAUGCUCAGCUUUCUCAUGCGCUCCUCGUUCUACAACAAGAAUACCAGCUCAAUCGUAGAGCAGCUUGUGGAGGGCAGCGUUGACGACAGCAAGCAUGCUCGGGUUUUGGAGCAGUUCGAAGCUCCACAAAAGUACGUGAAUCGUUCCUACGGUGAUAUGUUCUCGGAGCUCCUGGCAGAGAGAGGCAUGCUCGCCUUGGGUCUCUACCGAGCAAAGGGAACGCAUGGCAGUCCGUGUCCAUACGUCUUCACGAAUCCGCCCAUGGACUCCAUCGUCAGCGCAGAAGAUCUCGUCUUCGCUCUCAUCUGAGAGGAGCUCUUUUGUGGGGAGUGCCACGUUUUCACCAAGAUCGCUUGUUGGCACCGUUGCGAAGUUUAGGCUGGGUUAUUUGUGGAGUCGGGGAUUUUAGAGUAGCGAUGGUGAAGACAGGUGAAG